GUUUUUUUGCUUUGAAACAUAACCCAAUAUUUUUCUACUUUUUUCUCAAGUUCCACAGUCGCAGCCAACCAAUAUAAAAUGCUCUGCAAAUUGUACCGUCGCCUGUCGCCACUGGCGCAAGCAUCGUCGACCCUGACCUCGCUCAGCGCGCGGCGCACCUUUGUGACCAACGCUACCAAGGAAUCGGCGGCCUGGAAGCUGGGACGCCUGAACCAUGUGGCCAUCGCGGUGCCGGAUAUGGACCAGGCGACCUUGUUCUGGCGGGACGUUAUGCAGGCGGACAGGGUCAGCGAGAGUGUGGCGAUGCCUGAGCAUGGUGUGUACACAGUAUUUGUCGAGCUGGGGAACACAAAGAUCGAGCUGCUCCACCCACAUGGCGAAAAGAGCCCUAUCGCUGGGUUCCUGGCCAAAAACAAGAACGGUGGAAUCCACCAUAUCUGCCUCGAUGUGCCGGAUAUUAAGGCGGCAAUCGCCUCCCUAAAGGAAAACGGAGUCCGCGCGCUCAGCGAGGAGCCCAAGAUCGGCGCACACAAUCUCCCGGUUGUCUUCUUGCACCCAAAGGACUGCGGCGGCGUGCUGGUUGAGCUGGAGGAGCACAAAAAGCACUGACCAAUCAGAUGCAGGUGGUGUGACGUAGCACUGUUUUGCAAAGGAUGCAAAGGCAGCCAAAAGGCCAGCGGGCGCAUUUUAAAUUUGUUUUCCUUCUUUUCCUUCGUUGCCU